CCGGCAAGCUGACAACCGAGACAGCUCCCCCGGACUAGCCUGACUUUUUCCAUCUCCUCCCACCCAGCGACACCCUCCCACUCGCCGCGCGGAUGGGACGCCGGAGGACGCAGCGAGCAUGCGCGACCGUUCCGAGCAUGCUCAGUAGCGCGCGCUGCUCCCCGGAGCUCCUCCGGCGAUCCGCGAGCGACGCGGAGGUCUCUGCGGCUGCUGUGGGAGCGACAGGAAGUGAAGCGGCCCUGCCGGGCUACCGCAGCGGCCGAAGCAGAGGCGGAAGGGGCGCUGCGGCGACAACGUCGUCGACGGGGGCGGCCGAGGGAGCUGAGCGCGGAGGGGACCUUCCGGCUCCGAAGCCGGAUCCCGAGCCGGGCGGGAUGGAUCAUCACCAGCUGGCGACUGGCCGCUACCAGGUGCUUCACAAUGAAGAAGAUAAUUCAGAACCAUCUGCUAUAGAACAGCCAUCCGCUUCACACCCAACAGCACAGAUCAUGCAGACAGCUCCUUCAGCACCAGCACCUGAAACUGAUUCUUCUCCUCCACCUUACAGUAGUAUUACUGUGGAAGUACCUACAACUUCAGAUACAGAAGUUUACAAUGAGUUUUACCCUGUGCCACCUCCCUACAGUGUUGCUACCUCUCUUCCUACAUAUGAUGAAGCUGAGAAGGCCAAAGCUGCUGCAAUGGCGGCUGCAGCAGCAGAAACAUCUCAAAGAAUUCAGGAGGAAGAGUGUCCGCCGAGGGAUGACUUCAGUGAUGCAGACCAGCUUAGAGUGGGUAAUGAUGGCAUUUUCAUGCUGGCAUUUUUCAUGGCAUUUAUUUUCAACUGGCUUGGAUUUUGUUUAUCCUUCUGUAUCACUAAUACCAUAGCUGGGAGGUAUGGUGCUAUCUGUGGAUUUGGCCUUUCAUUGAUCAAAUGGAUCCUUAUUGUCAGGUUUUCUGAUUAUUUUACUGGAUAUUUCAAUGGACAAUAUUGGCUUUGGUGGAUAUUCCUUGUACUUGGCCUGCUUCUUUUCUUCAGAGGAUUUGUUAAUUAUCUAAAAGUUAGAAACAUGUCUGAAAGUAUGGCAGCUGCUCAUAGAACAAGAUAUUUCUUCCUAUUAUAGAGACUGCAUCAAUCUGACAUUCCCUUCUCUACCAAUGUGAAAUUGCAAGAUCAUCUGUAAACCUACAACUUAAAUAGAAGACUAUUAAAAGCAGAAGACAAAUUAGUGAAGAAAAGAUAGAGCUUCAAAAUUGAAUGGCAGGUGGUUUGUGCUUAAAAGCCAGUUCUGUUCAUUCUUUAAAUAUUUGUAUUUCAUUUGUUUUGCACAUUUGCGUAUGUGCCCAUAUAAAAUUUUGCAUAUACUUGAAAGAAACCAUAAAGUUGUAGCAGUAAAAUCCAGUCACAUUUGGUUAAUCAGUGUUUGAUACAAUUGAAAGAGUUGAGUGAUUGACAGUCUUCCAGCAUGUAAAUGCCAUUGACUUCUGACCUGACAUUUAGGAUAAUAAAAAUGAAAUUAUUAACCAUGUCAUUUGCUUUAGUUUCUGGCUCUUAGAUUCAUCUAGUAAUUCUACACAUGAAGCAUUCUGUUGUUAUACAUAAAGUUUAUUGAAACCUGCAGUGCUGAUUAUUAGAAAGAAUUUGUCAGAUUUUUAAAUAUGAUAUUAUUUGGAAAUUUUUUUCUGUAAAUAACCACACAUAAAUUACACUCUGCCUUGUUUUCUUAGAAAUUGUGUCUAGAUAUCUUUUUAUUAAUUUUAAAUUAAGUAAACUAAAUAUAUAUAGAAACUUUGAGUAUUAAAGAUAGAAUUUCUUUUAGGAAAAAUUUUAAGAAAAUGUGGCUUUACCAAAUGUCCUCUAUUAAAAGAAUGUUUAAAGGGACAUACUAGUUUUAGGAAUUUUCAAAUAAGAAACUUCAUUUUUAGGAUUGCCCAUCUUAGAGAUUCUUUCAGAAAGAGAUUGUAAUAGAUGUUAUAUUUAUUUCCUUUAAGAUAAUUUUAAAAAUUAAUUUUCCAAGUAAGAUGUUCUCAUUUGCUUUUGUCUUUUAAAAAGCCAAUAAAAUUGUCUUUCAAUAUCAUUGUAAUAAUUUUUUUAAAUAUUUAAUUUGUUAAGCUUAGCAAAAAAAAAAUCCCAUUCUAUUAAUAGUUUCUUGCUUUAUGAUUGUAGGAUUAAUUUGUAAAAACAGUUUCAGUUGAGAUAUGUGAGAUACUCAUUUUUAAGUUAGGGAAAUAUGACUGGAAUAUUUGGAUGUAGGGUGUGUUUGUGUGUGUGCGUGUGUUUGUGAUAAGAGUGUGUAACCAUUAUUACAACUGGAAUCUGCUUUACACUUAUAAGCUACAUUUCACAUCUUGCAAGUCAUUUUAUGUCUCACCUGUUUUUCUUUUCCAUUAUAUCUUUGCUUUAAAAUGCCAGCAUUUAAAAUGAUGGGAAUAUCACUUUUAAAUUAAAAAUCAUUUGAUACAGCUAUAUAGAACAUAUUAAAUUGAUUAUUUUUAGACACUGACUACUACUAAAGGGUAUAUCUGAUUAUUCAGGGGCAUUUUUCCAUUUCUGAAAAAAAUAAAAUUUACUAUGCUUUAUAACCUCUUGUAUUUCUGUGUUUUUCCUAAUUUUUUCAUUGUCUUAAAUAAAUAAAUCACUGUUUUGUUUUGCUAAUUGAGCCUCCUAUUUUUUGUUUGCCUCAUUCAAUUUACUACCUGCAUAGAAUUUUUAUUAUCAAAGUAUCUAGGUUACACCCCUUUAAGUAAAACAAUUAUAUGAGGUAAAGAAAGCAAAGUAUUCAAUUUAGUUGCCUAAUUUAGAAAUAAUUAGAUUGUAUUAAUAUGUAUACAAACUCAUGCUGGAUCUCUUCUGUAUCAUUUAUAUCCCAUAGUCCUAUAUAAUUUUAAUAAUUUUUAGAUGAAAUUAGCCUUUGAUACAUGAUAGUUUUAAAUUACUAGGAAGCUCAGCUAUCAAACUCAUUAAAAUUUCAUUGUAGUUUAUGGUAUUCAUACUUUGUUUUUGAAUAUUGAUGAGUCUCCUUUGACCCAGCAUCAAAACUUCACCUUUUAUUUUGAUUGUCUUCCAAAAUCUGUAAGGUUCAAGUGUGCAUGUUAUCCUCUGUAAUUAUAGUUAUAUGUUAGCCUUCCAUCUCAUCACCCAAGUAGGGUAAUCAGAACAUUAUUUUCAAAAAUUUAACAUUCCCUUUCAGAUUCAUCAAAUUCUACAUACUUCCCUUUAUUUUCUAUGAGUUUGAAUAGUUGCUAUUGUGUUUUAGGGACACUUGACCACCUUUGCACUCUGCCUUAAAGACUGAAAAUCAAAACCCUUGUUAGAGUCUAAAUGUUUUUGAAUGAUUGUGAAUUGGGGCUUGGGAAUUAAUGCAAAAGUUUCUUAAAUUAUUUCUAUUGUUUGAAUAAGCUAGUUAUGGCUAGGAUAAUCCAUUUUUACAUAUUUAUGCAAAAUACAUUUUUCUAUUUAGUGUUCAGAACAGAUAAUUAAAAUUCUCUUACACAGUUAAAAUGAAAGUCUCUGCUUAAUAGAAAAACACAGACUCAAGUAAGAUAUAUAUCCUAUUUUAGACAUGCCUUUAAAGUUUGUAAGUUUUAACCUGUUUAAAUAAUUGCUAAUAUUUUUAGUAAUACCUCCUAUAGUAAGAAAACUACAGUCCAGAAUAUCCAAUUGGAGAAAAAAUAAGGGUUUCUUAAUUUUCAUACAGUUUUUGUUUUUCAACUGAUAUGUACUAUUUCAAAAAGCACACAUGUAAUGAUAAUACUGAUACUGUACAUAACAAGUGCCAUGUAUCUUGAGUUUGCUUAGAACACUAAUAGUUACUCCUGUUUUCCUAGUUUUCUCUCUCUUUAAAGCCCUGAUUUGAAGAAUAAGUUAUAUGAUCACCUAUAUAUAAUUUUACAUUUGUUUUGAGUAAUGAUUUCCUUAAUUCAUUGCCCUGGGAAAGAAGGAACUGAGAAGAAGACAAGAACUGAUUGUUUUCUAAGCCUUUUCUAUCCAGCUAUUUGAUCUGUAAAAGAGGCAUAAUAGCUUUUUUCCUUCUUUCUUUAAUAGAAGUUGCUGUAUUUGAAUGAUUCCAGCUUAUAGAAAAUAGUAAAUAAUGGCUUUUAUAUUUUUAACUGCUAUUAAAUGUUAUUUUAAUUGUUAUUCUUCAAAGAAUCAUGAAAUAUUGGUGUAUUAUUGUUUUUUAAAACCUUAUUCUUGAUGAAGUUCAGAAUGUUCCAUUCAUUAUUACAGGAAUGUCCAUAUAUAAAACAUGCUGGCAUGUAUUUUACUUACUAAUAAAGUUGUGUAGAUGUGGAA